AUGGACCCAGAAUCGCUUCUGGAUAUGGCGCUGGAUGAUCAGCUACGCAAACAAGGAACAUUGGAACAAAUUCAUCAUACCGAUCAUCAGCACAAUAGCCACAAGGGUGGUAGCUGCAGAAGCCAAAAGACUGGUCCUUUAGUUUCUCGCAGUCCUCGCCCUAACGCUCACUGCUCCUGCUGCUGCUGCUCGCAAGCCCGCUGCAGCACCUGUAGGGUCGCUUGCAAGCACUCACUAUCUCUUGAGGAUCUCAGCAGCAAGGUAUUGCUGAACGUGGGGGGCAGACAUUUCGCAACAACAGCGUCAACCCUCAGCAAUUACGGCCCUCACUAUUUGUCUCGGCGUCUGUCUCCUCCUUGGAGACAUGGGGAGACCCGAGAGAUCUUUGUAGACAGAAAUGGAGAUGCGUUCACAUACAUUCUAGAUUUCCUGAGGAAUGGAACACUAUGUUGUAGUAACAAACCUUGGUUGUUGCAGCAAUUGCUACUUGAGGCGCGAUUUUUCUGCAUAAGACCCCUUGAGGAGGAAAUCGAGAGACGCAUCAAGACGGUCAUGGCUGAGAGCAUAGCCUCACGAUGUGCUGAGGCAGAAAGGCAAGUGCGAGUUUCAAUUGUUACUGUUGGUUAUACACCGGCUGUAUCUCGGUCUAUUCUCUGCGCGGCUGCACUUAGUGAUUGCAGCAUUCCAUGUUCCGCAGUGCCUGCACGCCAUUCGUAUACUUCUCCUAGGUAUGCCGCUGUGGCUGCGGAUGUAUCCAUUGCUUUGUUAAAUGCUGUUGUAUACAGCAUGUGCGGGAAAAAUUCACAGGUUUAUCCGUGUGCUUGCAAUGCCUCAGAAUCACUUAUGAUGCCACAGUCUACAGCAGUGGCGACCACCGCUGUAGACGCUCCGCCGGAGCAAGUCAAGCUAGUGCCUACCGCAACAGCGGCUGAACUGGCAGCUAGAGCAGAGUUUUUGAGACGAUCGCUCAUCAACGAUGACCCUGAGCCGCCCGAGCAGACGGCUGUCCAGGACUUGGGAGAGAGGGUACUAUAUACGGACGAAGAGUUUUAA